CUGUGGCAAGAAAGAUCCCCACAAACUAAUCUCAAGCCUGUGUCUGUCGGCUGAGCCUGGUGGCAAUAGUGUUUUAUCUUUCUGUGAAUGAAUCUGGGGAGUAAAGACAACACAACCUUCAAUUAUGCUCAUCCAAACGCUUACAAAACCCCUCUGUAAAGCUCAGAUUUAAAAAGAAUAUGGGCCGCUGACAGGGAGACAUUGAAGGGCUGGACUCAUGUUGUUGACCUGAAAAUGGUAUGCUCAGCUACUCCUGAUCCUCCUCCGUCCAUUCAUUUACUCCAGAGGCUCGGCUUGUUUGUUGCCGGGGGUUACGCUUGUUGCUGGGCACAAUGUCGGAGCACAUGCAGCUCUCUCUUGCCUUGUGCAGGAUUGGGCUUUACACGUGUUUCCGGGCACUGUGCUGUAAAGGACCCCCGCCGCCAAGACCAGAGUACGAUGUGGUGUGCAUCGGCCUGACAGGUGCUGGAAAGACCAGCCUGCUCUCACGCCUCUGUAGUGAGGGCAGCGACGGCAUCGUCCCCACAACAGGUUUCAGCAUAAAGGCAGUGCCAUUUCCAAAUGCCAUCUUGAAUGUAAAAGAACUCGGAGGAGCUGACAACAUCAAGAAAUAUUGGAGUCGUUACUACCAAGGAUCACAGGGCGUAGUCUUCGUAUUGGACAGUGCUUCAUCGGAUGAGGAGCUCGAAGCAGCACGGAACGAGCUCCACUCGGCCCUGCAGCACCCGCAGCUCUGCACACUGCCCUUCCUCAUCCUCGCCAACCACCAGGACAAGCCUGCAGCGAGGACGACCAACCAGGUGAAGAAGUACUUUGAGCUGGAGCCGCUGGCCAGAGGGAAGCGCUGGGUCCUGGAGGGAAGCUCCACCGACAACCUGGAAGCAGUGAAGGAAAGCUUCGGUCAGUUCAUUAGCCUGUUGGAGGACAAAGACACAGAGCCGGCAAGGAUAUGAUGCUAAAGUUGCUAAUGCUAUGGACAUUAGUGGCUAACAACAAAAUAACAAAACAUCCUGCUGGUGCCCAUGUACACACACUCAUGCACAGACAACAUGCACACACAGUAAAAUACAGCAGAUGUUGGCCUCUCUCUUUGAAAUGUGUUACGUAUGUUAUCCUCCCUUCACUGUGCUCUCACUUUUCAAAUCGGAAGAGUGUGUACGCACAAGUCAGCCACCACAGCCUGACAGAGGAGAGCUGCCAUUAAACCCACGCAAUGUAAAGCGGUUUGUCAAGAAAAAUCAUUGGACUUUGCCAGCAAUGGAAAUCUUGUUUACUACUGUCUGUGCCAUUGUGAUUUAACCAAUGGCAUGUGGGACACAUGGCAUUCCUUCAGUCAUCAUAGGACGCACACACACACACACACACACACACACACACACACACACACACACGCACACACACACUCACUCACAGAGUGGAGCCCAGGUUGUCUGUAGAUAUGUUUAACAUCCGUAAUUACUUUACAGGAUGUUUAGGUGGGCUUGUUGAUGUUCUUUCUACUGAGAAGUGCUGUAUGGCUGUAAAGUGUGCUUCUCUGUUAGACUCGGUGACAACGACUGUCGUCGUGUGAUUGUGAGUCCGGAGCCUUGUGUUAUGUACGGUAGUUACAUAUUGGUGUGUCGCACCAUCUCUGAAUAUCUAAUCUGAAUAGUGUAGUCUGUGUAUCUCAUGGAGUAAUAUGUACAUGCAAACGAGCAUAUUGCUGUGCAGCCAUACACAAGUACUACUAAUCAUGUGACUCAGUAAGUGCUAUAGGUUACUUUAUGGAGACCAUUAUAAGAAAGCGGAAACAAGUCUGAAUGCUUUUUAUAAUUGUGCAAUUUAGGAUAUAUUUUAUUGCUCUGUAUGUUAACCUUGUAGAGCUACGUUCAGAUUUUUUAUACAUCAUACCACGCUUAUAAAUUAUGCGGAAUCAAAGACCAAACAAUAAAAACCAACCACGAUGAUUAACCUGGCUGGACGUAGCCACACGGUAGAGAAUGUGAUGGAUUUAGUGUCAUUUCAGUGUUCAGAAAAUAUCAUAUUUGUUGUAAUUUUUCUACACUUCAACUGUAUUUUUUUCCUUUUUGAUUUGACAUAAUGCCUCUCAACACUGUGUAGCGACUCCAGUCCCCAUCAGGGUGGAAUACAAACUCUAUCAAUCAGCCACAGCAACAGCUGCCUCUGACAAGUCCCUGUCCGACACCCUAAUGCCUUCCAACUGUCUGUGAAGACCCCUCCCUGUCUGCUGUUUAUCGCGGACCCCCGCCCCGCCUCAUCCCAAACCGUAUCAACCAACACCACCCCCCACCCCUGCUCCGCACCCUGUCCCCAUUACUGCUUGCCUCAGUGGGGUUUCUAUCCCCACAUGCCAUGUUCAGCCCCCUGCCCUCGUGUGGACUCCACACCUUAAUAUGAGUCGUAUUCAUUGUGCCAUAGGUGUGUGUCUGUACCCAACAUGUGCUGCGGUAACGUCCACACCUACUCUACAUGUGCUUUGUGCUUCCGUUGUUGUUUUGUUCACUAUUGUGCCAGGUUUUUAGAAGUUUAAUCACUUUUUGUACCUGACGUGAGAUCUGGAUGGUUCGGUGCAUUUGAUCGCUUGAAUGCAAAAUGAAUCUGUCGUCUGACCUUGCUUAUCAUCUCUUCACACUUAGGUUUUUAAAAUAUUCACUGCAGUCUGUUUUAUUUUUUUUCAAUCAUGCUUUUUGUCUCAAAUGGCAAUUAAAGUUUUAAAAAUUCCAAUAUUGUCUUAGUUUUUUAUUGACCAUGUUUGAUUGUUUAAAUGUUGUAGUAUAUAUAUGUUAGAUAUUUCUCAUCUGUGUCAUAUUUAAGGCCCUAGUGUAUUGAUUUGUAAUGUGUAAACCCACAACAGGGGUAUGGUUGGCAGGUUCAGGGUUUGUUAAACAGUAUUAAAAUGUUAUUUAGUGUGUUGUGUUAUUACUCCGCUGUGUAGCCCAUGUUUCUAGGAUUGUAUCUGUUGGUUGAAAGUUGUUUUUUAAUCUUAUGUCUGUAUUAAGUAAAUAUUGGUACAAUGUAACAUUUGUACUUGAUGCAUCAGUAUGUAUGAUGAGCUGAAUAUUUGCCUGUGUUUCUGGAAACAUUUUCUUUACAAUGUCUCUGAUUCAUGAUUUAACGUGACCUGUGGAAAUGUGAGACUCUGGGAGAUAAUCGGGAAAAUGCAGAAGAGCCAGUUAAGGUCGAGCCAAAGUUGAACAAAAAAAAAAGCACUCAAAGUCAAAGUGGAGCAGCUGAAGAAAGUUUUGAGUGGAAAGUUAACCGAGGGAGACAGGAGUUCCUAAUAAAUAUACUCUACUCUGUGCUA